GAGAGAGAGAUGGGAUAGUGAUGACAGCUGGAGCAGGAGUUAUGUGAGCAGUUUCAGGGAGAUGAUGUUCCCACUGAGAAGAUGGAACAGAGGGCAGCCUCUGAGUUCUGUAACCUGGUUUGUGAAGAGAUGGCUGCACAGCAGGCAUCACUCUCUGUGGAUACUACUCAUUUUGCUGGGAGUCUGUAUUGGCAUUCAGACCUUUGCCGCCCAUCAGGCCAGGAAUGACAAGCUAAUAGGACUCCAACAGAUGAGGUUCCCUGUCAACAAAGAGAACCAAUUUCGUACUGUGCGAAGACAGAACUUAAGAUCACAACAGACAGAAAGAAGUGCACAUGGUAAUCAUCAAAAUGAGGGAUAUGGAAAGCCUCUAUAUUCUUUAAUCAUCAGCCUUGCAAGUUCUCAAGCGGAAGCAAGAAAAGCUUCACUGGGCAAGCUGCUUUUACCCAAAGAUGGAAGCAAGCCAAACCUUGGACUUCCAGCUUCUUUGGCACACCAUAGUACCAGCAAAGGUUUAAAUCUAAGCACAGAACAAACAAUCAUCAGUUCUCCCACUACUUCUAAUUUUUUAAAGGCUCACAUAAACAGUAUUCAUACUAAAGCAACCUGCCAUCCAAAGUCUCACAUUGUAUUCCUCAAGACACACAAAACAGCAAGCAGCACUAUUUUAAACAUACUGUAUCGCUAUGGUGAAACCAGGAACUUGACCUUCGCCCUCCCUCUACACAAACACAGCCAGUUGUUUUAUCCAUUUUUCUUUGCCCCACAUUUUGUGGAAGGAGUCAGCAGCCGAAGUGUGAAAGAGUUCCACAUCAUGUGCAACCACAUGAGAUUUAAAAAAUCUGAGGUGGCAAAAGUGAUGCCUGAGGAUACCUUCUACUUUUCCAUACUGAGGCAUCCUGUGGCUAUGAUGGAAUCCCUCUUCAGUUAUUACAAGAGUAUCCCAGCCUUUCGUAAGAGCUAUAGCCUGGAAGAUUUCUUAAACAACAGCUGGAAAACCUAUAACUCAUCGGUGGCCAACAACCACUAUGCUCACAAUAUUCUGGCUUUUGACUUUGGCUUUCAGAACAAUGUUGCAGCUGGGGCUGCAGACUUAGAGGAGAGAGCCACUGUGGUUAUUGCAGCCAUAGAAAAAGACUUCAAUCUUAUACUCAUUUCUGAAUACUUUGAUGAGUCCAUGGUCUUACUCAAGCAUUCCCUCUGCUGGUCCUUGGAAGAUAUGGUUUCCUUUCGGCUCAAUAGUCGCAGUGAACAAACUCGCCGCUCCCUUUUACCAAAUACUGCAGAGAAAAUCAAGAUGUGGAACACUUUAGACUGGAAGAUUUACCUGCACUUUAACACAACCUUCUGGCACAAAGUGGAAAUUCUGGUUGGGCAAGAGGAGAUGGAGAGGGAAGUAGCUCAGCUGAGAGAACUACAAUCCAAGCUAGCAAAGACCUGCCUAAAAGAUGGGGGUGCAGUUGACCCAUCACUGGUAAAAGAUGCUGGGCUGAAGCCAUUUCAGUAUGGAACAGCUGUCAUUCAGGGCUAUAACCUAAAGCCAAAUUUAGACAUACAAACCAAAACAAAAUGUCAGAGACUUAUAUUACCAGAACUGCAGUACACAGACUAUCUGUACAACAAGCAGUUCCCAGAGGCAGCUGCUAAGCAUAGACAAGCAACUAAGAUAGUUAAACAAGUGCGUCAGCGCGUAGGCAAAACUGCUAUGAUGGGUAAGCAGCAGGAAUAG